AUGACUCCUUCGAGAGAUCUACCACCCUACACCAGUCCAUUCUACCCUAAUAUCUAUCUCAAGUCUCAGCUGUGUACCAAGGCCCAAUGGCCGCCGAAAGACACCACACUUAUUGAUAAAGUCGCUAUCGUAACGGGAGCCAAUACCGGCUUGGGUUUGGAAAGCUCUCGUCAACUCCUAUCAUACAAUCUCUCCCAUUUAAUCAUCGCCGUUCGUUCAGUUGCGAAAGGUCAGGAAGCAGCCGCUACACUCCGGAAGGAGUAUUCCAAGGCCACCAUCGAAGUCUGGCAACUAGACAUGAGCUCUUACGAUUCUAUCCGCGCCUUUGCUCGCCGCACCGAAAGCCAGCUAUUUCGUCUCGACAUAAUCAUUCUCAAUGCCGGAUUGCAAAAGCCACAUUUUGGAGUUGAUCCGAGCACCGGCCAUGAGGAGGUCGUCCAAGUAAAUUACCUGUCGACGGUACUCCUUUCUAUUCUUCUCCUCCCUGUUCUCAAGAACAAGGCACCUGCUGGUACACCCGGCCGACUGAGCAUCGUCAAUUCGGGCACUGCUCUCUCUGCGAGCUUCCCGCACGGAAAUUUUUCUCCACUCCUACCUUCGUACGACGACCCGAAGAAUUUCGACUGGACCGAGCAAUAUAGUUCAUCCAAACUACUCGGACACAUGUUCAUGUGGAAGCUCGCCGACUACGUAUCUGUGGAUGACGUAGUGGUGAAUCUGGUCGAUCCAGGCUUUACCAAGGGCACUCAGCUCCAGCGUGGAGUUUCAGGUGUUGUAUCACUAUUCAUGUCCCUUGCGAAGGUGGCCACUGCUCGGACUGUCAGGGAUGGAGCUUCCACAUAUCUUGACGCAACAGUGGUAAAGGGCAAGGAGUCCCACGGCUGCUUUCUUAUGGACUGGCAGAUUCGACCGUUUGCUGCCGUCCUAUAUACGCCCGAAGGAAAGCAAGCCAUUGAAAGGCUGUGGGACGAAACAAUGACCGAACUGAAAUUUGCCGAUGUUCAAGGUAUUCUUCGGUCUAUGAACAGGACGUGA